AUGUCACACUUAACCACGGCCCAGACCCCCACACAGGAGCUGCACAACGCAUUCUGGGGGCAGCAGGACAAGGGGAACGCACCUGUGGUCGGUCAGGUGUUUGUGGCUGCCUCUGAGGCACAAGGAGCACAUGAUGAAAUAACUGCAGACUGCUCCGAGAACGGUUCAAAAGUGGGAAACACAAAAGAUACGUUGGAGUUGGAAAUAACUGCAGACUGCUCCGAGAACGGUUCCAAAGUGGGAAACACAAAAGCCCCGCCCGGGGAGGCCCCGCCGGUGUUCCAGUACAGCCCCGAGAGCGUGGCCGGCGCAGACGGAGAGCUGGAGCCCAACGCCGUGACCUUCCCGGGCUGCUCCUGCCGCAGCCGCUCCUGCGCGCCUCCCGAGUGCCCCUGCCUGCCCCGCGGGCACAGCUACAGCGGGCUGUGCCUCAGGCUGCCCGAGCAGCAGGAGCAGCCCUUCUCCAGGCCCGUGUUUGAGUGUAACAGCCUGUGCUGCUGCGGGGAGCGCUGCCAGAACAGGCUGGUGCAGCGCGGGCUGCAGCUGCGGCUGCAGGUGUUCCGCACGCGCAGGAAGGGCUGGGGAGUGCGGGCGCUGGAGCCCAUCCCCAGGGGCAGCUUCGUCUGUGAGUAUGCUGGGGAGGUGCUGGGCUUUGCUGAGGCUCAGAGGAGGAUCCAGGCCCAGACUCCACAGGAGCCAAACUACAUCAUAGCAGUGAGGGAGCACCUGCACGACGGGCGGGUGAUGGAGACCUUCGUGGAUCCCACGCGCAUUGGGAACGUGGGCAGGUUCCUGAACCACUCCUGUGAGCCCAACCUGUUCAUGGUGCCCGUCAGAGUCGACUCCAUGGUGCCCAAGCUGGCGCUUUUUGCAGCCACUGAUAUUUCUGCUGGAGAGGAACUUUCAUAUGAUUACUCGGGAAGAUCCCAUAAUGUACCAGGAGCUGGCAAAGAACACAAAGCUCUGGAGGAAGAGAACAGCCUGAGAAAACCUUGCUACUGUGGUUCCCGCACGUGUGCUGCCUUCUUACCUUGGGACAGCUCCCUCUUCUCCACACCAGCGAAUUCUCCAGAGCCUUUCAACCUUAAACACACCUAAAAACAUUAUUUUCUCUAGCAGUUAAAUCAAACUCUUUAUGUUCCAACAAGGAAGCACAUGUGGGUUUGAGGAGCAGCAAAGAGACAUGGUUUUGAGAAUUAAUUCUGUGCAAAACCCUUUUCAAGGUGGACAGUACAAGGGGUUAUUGGAGCUUUGAGAUGUUUCAAAAUCAGUGACUAAGCCAGGCCUGGUGUUUUUGUCUGGUUUUUCUCUGACAGCUUGGUGUAUGUUAAAGCAGCUCUCAGUUUGUACCCUGCAGAAAGAAUUUGUACCUUUGGCACUUGUACGUGAAUAGGACAUGGGAUAACAGCAAGAAAAGUCACUGACAGUGGCACAAGACAUUGAGAAAUGACACUUGCAAGAAAGGUAUUCGUUUUCUUGAAACACAUUAAAUUAUUUGUUUUAAAUUACGUGCUGUAUUUUUUUUUCUUCCACAAAGCAUAGUAACUGCUAAUUAUUGAUGUAAAAGGAAAGAGCAGCUUUAGUACUUUGUGUGUUCCUUCUCCAGUUGCAUGCCCAAAGCAGCUGUGACUGGCUGGCUGUUUCGCUCCCAUUUAGCUGUGUGGAAGCUGUGCAGGACAGCAAUCUCUGAGGAGCACAUCUCAUCUUUUUUCAUCACCUCAGCCUCGAGGCAGCUCCUAUCAGAUCUCUGCAGUCACAGCAAGCAGCACAUCUGUUACUCCCCAGCACUGUCAGUACAUGCUUAGGAAGCAAAUCUAGCCCCUGCAGCAUGAACAGGAUGAUGCUGACAGCUGACUGAAAGAAGAAAUACAGAAGUGCAUCUGAACAAUAACAGAUUUGUGGUUUUGUGCUGAACGGAUGCAGAAGGCUUCUUUCAGCUGCUAACUGAUCCAUGUUUUCACUACUCCAGGACCAGGCAGCCUUAAGCAAGGCCUGGCCUUUCCCAGCACAGGGAGAAGGUCAUUCCAUCUUCUUUGCAUCAUCUUGUCCAGCUGCAACAGCUGUGCAGGGCUUUCCUGAGCUCCUCCUUCCACCAGGGAUGCACUGCCAGAUGGGCACAUUCUUAACUGCACCUUCCUUCCCUUCCUUUCUGCAGAGAUCAAAUUCAGGCAGCUUCACAUGGGCUGGUUUUGGUGUUUAAGAUGGAUAAACUGCAAUGCAGUUUUUUAUUCAUGUCACACUGUGCCAUCAGCAGCACAAAGCCUCAGUUAUUUGCUCUGGACAGUUUGAUCUUUACCUGUUUCCAUACCCUUUGACAGAACACAGACAAGGGAGUACAUCUCAUGGGGAUGGGCUGUUCUGCAGGCAAUCAGUAACUUGAUUUUUAAAUUACAGACAACUUUGAUUUGGACCUGAGAGAUUGGUGCCACUGAAGGACUGAGCUGUCACUCCCAGCUCAGUGUGCUCUUCCACAAGGAAUCCAGGCAAACAGCUAAAAACUGGGAGCUCUCUGUAAUCCUGUCUGCUAAGAGCAGUAAUGAUCAUCAGUAUUUCAAUAUUCAUGGGGAGGUGUACUUUCCUAUUGAAAUAUGAUCAGAAUAAUUCAAGGAUGCAGCUCUGAACAACAUGAAGGUCCCCUGGUCUGGGUAGGGGGGUUGGAAAGAUGAGCUUUAAGGUCCCUUCCAACCCAAACCACUCUGAUUAACCUGAUAUUCACCUGGGAUAAAGGACAUUUUGCUAUUUACUAAACAAAAUCCUACUUGGUGUUUACCUUUGCUUCCUUGAUAAGAUGCAGUGUUAACCUCUCCCAUUUAAGUGCCUUCCUGCUGCUGUUGGGGUUUACACAAGGCUGUGGGUUUGUGUUUAGAUAAACAUUACCACGUGAUUUCUCUUAGGGUUAAUCAUUAAACAUAAUUGGCACAGAAACCCCAAAGGAUUUCAGCUGCUUGUCACAAGUAGUUUAAAGUACUUUACGGGCUGAGUGGACAUUAACUUUACUCCUGCCCUAAUGAGGGUUCUUGCUGCUACAGCAGAGAAGCUCCCUGGAUCCCAUACCUUGGAAUGCACAGGUUUCCAGAGCACAGCCUGGACUGCAAGGUCUCUUUGUAGAGG